AAGAUGAAAUCCUUGGUUUUACAAAAAUGUUUCAACAAGACAUUGGAUCCAGUUAUUUCGUUCAUCUUCAAUGACUCGAGACCACAAACCCCAGUAUGCGAGGUCGGUUUAUUCUCGACCUGCCUCACUUUAUUAAACGAGAUGCUGAACGAACAUCAACAACAUAUUGGGGGGGACCUCCAUGUUGAGAGGUUGUAUCUCUUCUGCCUCGUGUGGGCGUUCGGGGGGUUGUUGGAGGGGAAUGUCGCGAAGUCUUUCAGUGAUUUGCUCAAGACACUUUCAUCUGCCCUCCCUGAUUACGACCACGAGAUCUCCGUGUUUGAUUAUUACGUUGAUGAAUCGGGUGAAUGGGACACAUGGAAUGCGAGGGUACCCGAAGCUACUUACACAGGGACCACAGAUAUAUUAGGAGAGGUGUUCGUGGACACGGUUGACACGAUCCGGGUUCGAAGUUUGCUCGAGUUCGCCCACAGUGCGCGGAAACACACCCUUAUUAUUGGGGAGAGGGGGGUGGGGAAGACGGCGCUCGUUAAUGAUUUCCUUGAUACUCAAGACAAACAAUCCAGUAUUCUACAACGAUUAGUCUUCAGCCAUGCUUCAACAGCUUCACAACUCCACAGUUUCAUUCAACAUAAUAUUCAACAUCGACAAGGGUUUGUGUAUGGAGCUAAGGAUGGAAAGCAUUUAGAGGCCUUCAUCGAUGACAUCAACCUGCCGUCCACGGACAUGGAAGGCGUCCAACGUUGUAAUGAACUGCUACGAACCCUUGUAGACGACCAUACCAUAUGUAAGCUGCAUCCACCUUUUGAAUGGAGGACUGUAGAAGGAUUGGAGGUGUUGGCAACACUGUCCACCUCAUCAACGAACUUCAACAUCGACCCCCGAUUAUUACGACACUUCGCCGUGUUGCGUCUACGUCCCCCGUCGAGCAGCGAGCUACGACACAUCGUGUUCUCUGUGAUGGAGGCCAACUUAUCGGAUCGUCCGUUAAACCAGGAGUUGCAUGAAAGUAUCGCGACAGCUUCGAGUAAAAUCAUCGAAUCUGUGAAGGUCGUGCUCAAGGCUUGCCCGAUGCCCGGUCGGCACCAUUACGCCUUCAGUCUUCGUCAACUCACCAAGAUGUCGCAAUGUUUGCGUCGGUUAGCCGACGAGGAUCGCGCCAAUGAUGACCUGGUGGUGGCGCUAUGGAGGCACGAGAUUGAACGGUUGAUUGGGGACCAAAUAUGUCGCACUUCUGACAUCGUGUGGUUCGAUGAUCUCAUGCAGAAAACAAUCGCCGACGUUUUGCCGCAGUUCGCCGAUAAUUCGGCAAAAUGUUUCGUCACUUUUCCAGUUGAAACGAAGACCCACCAUCGACCCCUUGCAUCCUCCCAUCACCAAAUAAGGAUCCAACUUCAUCCAAUCAAUGAAGUUAAGGAUAUAUUGGAUUGCAUGAAGGCCCACCUUACCCACUACAAUGAGGAACAACAUCAUCAUGAAUCAAUCAGUAACAUAAUGUUUAGUGAAGAUAUAUUAUCGCAUAUCAUACGAAUGCAUCGUGUGUUGUGCUACCAUCAUGGAGGCAGCAUGAUGGUGAUAGGGGCAGUGGGCAGCCCCCCUCACCCCUAUAUAACCCCCUACUAACCCCCCUUACCCCACAGAGGCAGCAUGAUGGUGAUAGGGGCAGUAGGCAGCCCCCUCACCCCUAU